AUGAUGGAGUCGCAGCUUAAGCAGCUGCUUGUGCAGGGUGGGCUGGAGCACACGGUGCAAGGCUUCGUCGAGGGCGGCGUUACCUCUGUCCAGCAGCUGAAGCAGCUCACCAUGCAGGACUACCACUCCGUCGGCGUCAUCGUCAUGACGGACCGUCGGAAGCUCUUCGAGCUCAUUCAGUUCUUGAAGCGUGAUCAGGCAAACGGCAGUGGCGGUUUCAUGGGAGGACCUGCCGCAGCGAUGGCAUCGACGAGCUCCAAGUCACCGCCCCCCGCCGCGGAGCCGGUGCCGCGUGCGCAGGCCUCCGCACACGGCUCCGCGGCGCCAGCCCGAGUCUUUACACCGUUGCGCCGUGCGACCCCGACGGAGGCGAUACAGCGACGCGAGCGGGAAAAGAUGGAGCAACCACGGCCGAUGUCGGCGCAGCGCCGUGACCCCAACGCGGACGAAGGCGAAAACGCCGUCCGCUCUGCCGCUGCUCCAGCAAAGCCGCUGUCGCGCCCGGUGAGCCGCGUUGGUGCUUCGUCUCCCUCACCGUUCGGCCGGCGCCCAACUGCAGACGGGGGCAACGCACAGCGACGUCGUACCAGUCGAAUUACCGUGGUGAUUCGCAAGCGUCCCCUCAACGUUAACGAGCACGCCGACGGUCUCUACGACAUUCUCGCGACAGACCCGGACAACAACCACAUCAUUACGCUGCUCGAGCCGCGCCAGAAGGUAGACCUCACCCGCUACAUCGAGAAGCACCGCUUUACGUACGAUAAGGUUAUGGACGACCGCAAGACCAACAGGGACGUGUAUGAGGAAGCCUGCAAGCCGUUGAUCGAGACGGUGUUCGAGGGUGGCUGUGCAACGUGUUUUGCUUACGGUCAGACGGGUAGCGGUAAGACAUACACAAUGCUAGGCAAGGACAAGCAGGAGGGCGUGUACCUGAUGGCGGCCAAGGACCUCUGGUCGCGACUGAGUCGGGGUAUGGGUAUCAAUGUCUCUUUCUUCGAGAUCUACGGAGGCAAACUGUACGACCUGCUGAAUGAGCGCGAGCGGUUGGCAUGUAGGGAGGAUAGCCGCGGCGUUGUUAACGUCUGUGGUCUGACGGAGCAUCGUGUGGACAGCACCGACCAUCUUAUGGAGAUCAUCGACUACGGCAACACCAUCCGUGCAGCGGGCUCAACUGGCAUGAACGCCGACUCCUCACGCUCGCACGCCAUUCUCCAUAUCACCAUCGUGAAUGAAAAGAACCGCUUUUUUGGUCGCUUCACUUUCAUCGAUCUUGCUGGCUCUGAGCGCGGCGCUGACACGCUGGAUAGCGACCGCACCACGCGGCUGGAGGGGGCGGAGAUCAAUAAGUCUCUCUUUGCCCUCAAGGAGUGCAUCCGUGCGUUAGAUCAGAACCAUCGCCAUAUUCCGUUUCGAGGGUCUAAGCUAACAGCGGUGCUGCGUGACUGUUUCAUGGGCAACAGCCGCACGGUGAUGAUCGGUAACAUCAGCCCUGCUAGCGGCAGCUGCGAGCACACACUCAACACGCUGCGCUACGCUGACCGUGUAAAGGAGCUCAAGAAAGACAGGUCUAGCCACAGCGCGGCAGAGGAGAUUAUGAUGGGGCAGAUGCCCACGGAGCACAUCGAAACUGUCGGCAUCUCCGGCUCCUUUGCGCAGCGUCGCGCGAAGGAACGUGUGGUCACGAGCUCGCGCUCCUCGAGUCAGACACGCACUCGCGAGCCCGGAACACCAAACCAGAAGAUGGGCAACAGCUUCAAUCGACCCGGCGACGACAGCUCUGACAACACGCUCCGGUCCAACCGCAGCUUCGGCUCGCGCCCCGUCACCAGGAACUCCCCACAGAAGAGGUAUUACUACCGCCCGACCCCGACCCACAGUCGUGGCCCGAGUGGCAUGUCCUCGGCGAUGCCGACACCUAUGGGUGAUGACUCGCGGUACGACAGCGGUGACAGUCUCGACGCCGAGGAAGACCACCUGAUCUUGGCACAUCGUCAUCAUAUUGACUGCAUGAUGGAGCUGCUAAAAGAGGAGAUGACGCAGCUCAACGCCGCCGAGAACCCGGAGAACUCGAUGAGUGGGUACUGCAGACGUGUCGACGCUAUUCUCUCCUCCCAGGUGCGCCGCAUCGAGGAGCUGCGCCGGCAGCUCGAUCAGUACACCCGCCAUGCUGGUGCCGCUGGCCGCCGCUGA